UCAACAUGGCGACGACAGGAGUUGUGAGUGAUGCAGUUAAUGUUGACAAAGAGACUGACGAGAUUAUGGUGGAAACAUCAAACGAGGUUGAGCCACAACAAACUAUUCUGUGUUUGGAAAUUCUUCCAAUGGUUAGAGAUGCUCAAGGACAACAUGGGUUACGUCAUGGGGAUUAUCAGAGAUAUAGGCAAUAUUGUCAACGGAGGUUGAGAAGAUUGUACAAGACUUUGAAUUUUCAGCAUGGUUCGCGAAAUACAUUCAAGGCAAAGAAAAUAACACAGGAACUGCUGAAAGAUGUCAAGUAUUUACAUAUUCCUUUAAUGGAUGCAGAGAGAGCUUGGAGCCAUGCAAUGGAGUUGAAACUAUUGGCCAACACUGAACUACGCAAAAAGUUCCAUUACAUUAGAAGACUUCGUAAGGCUGCAAGCCAUGCUACUCAGUUAGAAGAGCUUUGUUCUGGUGAUGUCUGUGAUGCCAGAACAAAGCUUGAGGCCCAGGCUUAUGCUUCUUACAUGAAAGGCAGUGUCAGUUUUGAGCUGCAGAAUUGGAAGGAGGCUUUUGAAUUAUUUGGCCAUGCCCAGACUAUCUACGAAAAACUAGCUGGGGCUUUCUCAGAGGAACAAUGCAGCAUGUAUCUUCAAAGAGUUGAAGAGAUCAUUCCAAACAUCAGAUACUGUGCAUACAAUCUUAGUGAGGGAACCACAGACAUCAGCGAUCUAAUGCAGUUGAGGUGGAGUGCUUCUGGAAGUGGAACACACGAUCCAGUGCUAACAGCCAAAAUUGAUGAAGUUAUUGCUCAAACACGAGAAAGAGAAGCAGCUGCCAUGACAGAAGUGAGCUGGUGUGGCCGUUGUGUCCCAGUCAAGAAUGAGAAAGUUCGCUCAUUCAUACUUCAUUCCCAACAAUGCGCCAGAGAAUUAGAGAGAGCUGAUACUUUAGACAGCAAGCUUACAUUGUAUGACAGUUUACUCAUGGAAUGCAAGGAUGCCUUGCAAGCAAUCAAAGAUGAGUUAAAGGGAGACACAGGUUCUGGCAAGCUGCGGUCUCAAAAGUUAGAGACACAAACAGGAAAUAUGCAGUUUCUUCACAAUUAUGUCACUUUUAUCCGCCUGAGUAAAACAAUAGAAAGAACCUUGCUAAUGGCCGAGUCAAUGAAAGGCAGUUUACCAGCAGUUCUUCAGAAUGCUGCUGAGGAAAUAACAGUAGAUAGUGUCAAACGGCUUUCAAAGCCAGAGGACCUUGUUCGAAUAUAUGACAUAAUAAUGCAGAACCUUUCGGAUAUGGCUGAGAUACCAGAAAUUGAUCAAGACUUAUCGUUUUCCAAGGAGGUUGCAGCUCAAAUAUUGGAGUGUAAGGCCCACAGGUGCUUAUAUGUUGCCCAUUCCUACUUUCUUGGAAAGAAAUGGCGUGAAGCAAUGUCACUGUAUAACCAUGUUCUGAUCCUUGCAAGCUCUGCCAUCACUCAUUUCCAAGAAUUUAACUCGCUUGUGCAGGUAAUAAGCAGUCUUCAAGAACUUUUGUCACAAGCUCAAGGCUUCAAAUGUUCUGCUUAUGCAUCUUGCAUCCUAGAGAAUGAAGAUGUAUCGGAUGAAGUUGCAGAUAUUUCUUUGAAUGAAAAGCCGCUUAGUAAGCGAUUGGAGUACUAUUUUUCCGACUAUUCGCUGACGACCAAGAAGCCACAGGUUACUUCAUUCCCACCAGAUUUUAAUCCAGUACCUUGCAAGCCCCUGUUCUUUGACCUGGCUCUCAAUCAAGUCAAGUUCCCAUCACUGGCUCACAGAGUAGAAGAGAAGAAAAGUGGUGGACUAGCUGGAUAUUUCAAGGGUUGGCUGUGGGGCUCUGGACCCUAAAUAACUGUUGGAGAUGAACCAAAUUUUAGAUGAAUUUUGGUUACCACUGUAGUGUAGUCUAUUUUCAGUAUGUGGUAGAAAAUCCAAGGCACUUGUGUUAAAAAUGUUUCUCAGGUCGUGUUUUGUUUGGCUUAAGGAGUGUUUGAGUUUGAACGAUUUUUGCACCCCAAAAUCCGCUUCGAUUUACAGAGUAAAUCUAUUUCUAGACCUUCUACGUUUUCUUAGAUCACCGUCUAGAGCCGCCGGAGAUUUAUCAAACUUGGACGCUGAGGGAGGAGUUAUAAGACGGCUUUUUUAGAAAUGGGAAAAAUCCCAUUGUAGGAAUUGAUAUUCGUUAGUGCCAACGUUUCCACUGCACACUGCCAGUCUUUGUCAAGCUGCAAGACGCGUGGAGGCGUUUACACGGGUGUUUGUGUUCUAUCAGUAACUUAGUCUACCUGUGGAUUAUAAUAUUCGGAUGUAAGAUCUCAAAAGGAGCUUCUGACAGUCGACAGUUUUCAAGGAAUCAUUGCUUUAUAAAUAGCAAGGUUGAGUCUAUGAAUGGGGUCUACUGAAUAGCACACCUUGCUUAGAUUGGUUGUUACUGUUCCCCAAUAGAAGUGGUAAUAUGUUACUUCUUCAUAAUAUAUAUUCGCAUAAAUGAUAUGUGGUAACGUAAUGAGUAAGGCUUCCCUGUGAAAAAUUGAACGAUUACCUUCCCCUGUAUUUGUAGAUACAAGCUCUAAAGAAACGAGAACAUUCAAAUCGGAGUUCUUUAUCUCCUAGUAUACCUCUGUCGUUCACCAAAUACAUCAUUUUUCACUCGAAACCAUAUUGUUUCUAGCAAGAGGUAGUUUAGCGUACCGCAACAAACUGCUCCAAAGUAUUACGCAAGGUCUAACAUAGUCUAAAGAUUGUAGGACUGACCUUGAGAUCGUGUAAUUACGUGUGCUUGUAUCGACAAAAAACGCGCAUUUUCUUUUGAAUGUUAGGAUCGCGGAUCACAAGCUCCAGUCCACUGCUCUUCCACUCUAAUCUUUUCCAUUCCUUGUCAUCCUCGUUCCUCCUAUCUUGAAAGGAGAAACCAUUUUGUUUCCGUAAAGAGCUACGACAAGAGACUGCAAAUAUACUGCGUUAGUGCUAACUUAACGAUUGCAUGACCAACGUCGAGAACAGUGUAAUCACGUGUGGUUAUUAAGACAGACGCGCAUUUUUCUUUGUAUGGUACGAUCGCUGAUCACAACAAAGGUUUAAAACCUGCUCUGAUCUUUUGUUAUUCCCAGCCAUCAUCGUUCCUUCUGAUAACAAGAAAAUACUUUGGUUCCCACAUACAGAUAAUUUUACGUAUUGCAACAUGAUAAGAAACAACGUUGAGAAUAAUAUAGCAGCGUGCAGUUCUAAAACGAAGUCAAAUGGCGCAUUGACUUCUUUCACACAUGUAAACAAAAAUACACUUUUAUGCUUUCA